CGGGAGUUCUUCUCCCUGCAACGCUAACCCCCCCCAGCCCCCCCUUCAAAGGCCGACCAGGACUGUGGAGGAUGUUUUGGAUUGUAACUUUGUAGCUCCGGCUGGCUAAAGAUAUUUCCUGUCACUCUAAUACGAUCUCCACAGGGUCUUGAUCCCCUCUCAGGAGAUUGCGGUGUAGAUUUAGCUUAGCUGUUUUUGAGGUGACUUUUCUUGCGGACGGACUGUUUUUUAUUCUGGCAUGUGCUUUUUGUUUUCCUCAUGCCAUGGAAAUCAAAGGGAUUGCCCUGUGUCAUUUCCUACAUCAAAGUACCAUACACGACAGAAGGCAUGAAGCUUGCAGAACGUCUUUGAAGUGAAGAUUCAGAUUUCUUGUUUAUGCUACAGCACAAUCCCCAACAAACUGUUUUGGUGGCCUACUAGUUGAUUGUCGCAUCGUCAAAGAGUUUGCACCCAAGUUCCUAGCACUGCAAGGGCUCACAGUGGGACUUUCUCUUUGGUCGUUGUUUUUUUUUCCACACAUAUUUUUUGAGGUGUGUGGAGUUCGAGCACUUUGACACUGGCAUGCUUUUGGAGGCCCAUCGUGCCGGGACUGUGCGCGAUGUUGCAGACAAUCUACGAGACGGAAUCCUGCUUCUCCUCCGACAGUGUCUCCGGCAGGGAACAGUCCCUGGAGCUUCUCUCCCAGGCUGGUGUGUCCACCAUGCCCAGCACCGCAGUGGACAUGAAAACGUCGUUACCGGGCGGACUGCGUAGCCCCGUGGGCGACUCGGGUCCCGGAGGCGGCGGCGGCGGCGUGAGCAUCGUCGGCGGUGGCGGAGGAGGAGGAGGAAGUGACCGCUGCAGCAGCGGCGGUGGCAACAACGCCGGCACCGGGAGCGUUAGCGGAGGCAAUCCCGCCAACGCGUGCGUCUGA